AUGCCACCAGGAUCGACUGGGUUGAGGUCAGCCCUGCUGUUAAGGAGAGCCGCUAUCAGUGCCACACAGCUCGACUUCUUGAUACCAUGGGCUGCGAAUGCUCGGCCUCGAUUCGAGUCCUACAGCACGGGAGCCGGUGACUCUUUGAAAGAAUGUCAAGAGCCAGUGGCCGGACCAUCAAAUGAUCGUGCUGCUUUGAAUCACGAAGCUGCAGAGACUGAGCCGAAAGGCGCAUCUGCCGAUUCAUCCAGGUCCGUGGAGACUCAGCCUUUGGAUAUACCAGAUGGCACUGCUUCUGAGGAAUCGCCCCGAAGCCGAGGACGUAGAAGAAUAAGACUAUCAGAGGAGGUAGCUUCAUUGUCAACCUCAUUACAAGUGCUCCUUGAGCCAUGGGAUAUCAAUCCUCAGAUGCUUCCCGGUAUUCGACUACCCCUGCCGACAUCAACACCACCUACUCCGGUCUCACCUGAAAGCUCUGUUGAGCCCAUACCGGUCUCCCGUAUACAGCCGCGUCGUCCUUGGGCCGAUAUCAUUGCGGAGUCCCUUGAGGAAGCAAGACGCUUUCGCGAAGCCCAGGCACUUCGCGACCUCAGCACCCGUAGUCUGGAACGCUACAAAUCACAUGCGAGCGGACCUCCUUAUUACACAGUAGAAGAGAUGGACCGAUUACAACGACAAGAUGAGCAAGCCGACUCCAUUCAGAAUCUCCACCCUGAGCGAACUGUACCCCUCACUCAGGCGAACGCAGCCCGAUCAUUUGUCAAGCAUCAUCUCCUUCGCACAUCGCCACCUCCCCCAUCUACACUCCUCGAUCAUCUUCGAGUUCGGCGUGAAUUAUUCACCGCUCAAAAUGCUAAGAUCCUGCUUCGUUACGCCGCUCGGGUCAACGACCACAAGACGUAUUCCGAAGUGCGUCGAGCGUUGUUGGUCCUUCAGCAGGCUGGACAUCGUCGAAGGUGGCCAAGACUGGCUACUUCACAUCGUCUUGGUGGCUCGAGACGGUCUUAUAUCAUGAGGAAAAUCAUCAGACUCCUGACCAGAGGAGCUAGGGGCGACGGCGCUGCCGUCUCUGAAAUUGAUCAUGCGGAUGUGGACAAGGCGGUGGAAAAGAUCGAUGCAGAGUUGUCCAAGACUGAAGGCGAUCCCGACGGUAUAGACUAUCCCCAGCGAAGGGUCUCGAAAUACUGGUACUUCUGUCCUCACCCGUGGGCCGAAAGCUCGAUCCCGGUCGUUGAUACCCCAAUUGCUCGACCGGACGUCCUGGAAAUUCUCGGAACUCUACAUUAUCGGCUACUGACGGGAGAUGUUGUAAGACCGACACCUGCACCAACUUUCUCAGGUCCUAUAGGGAAGGAUCUCAUUAGAUCAACUCGCAAAGGGCAUCGAAACGAGACUUCUUCUGUAGCCACUAGCUCCGAGAACGCUGAUUUCAAGACCUCUCCGCCAUCCAUCCUCCACUACGCAGAUAUUUGGUUCUCCCAGCCCGAUUACGACAGUCCUUUCCUCAAGUCAGUCCAACGAGUGGUUGACGCCUGCGCUGCUGCCGGAAAGCAACAACAGGGCACACGUCAAUAUCUCUUGAUGGUUCUGCACCUAUACAUAAUCUACGCCAAUCGAGUGGAUGCCUGGCGUCAGCCCCAUGACAUACCUCCCGGCUGUUCAACGAUCCUAUAUGACAAGCUGUCGCGUCGGUACCCUGAGGUCUUGGCUCUUGAAGAGUACAGUAGACUGUAUGGGAGGUUCAAACCCUCACGCCAAACUCUCCACCUAUUGUUAUUGAGGGUCUUGUUCGGUGGCCCAAUUCUUCGCUUUCCGCUCAACCCGGCAGACAUACCCCCGCUGAAUAAGCGCAUGACCAGUGCUGAUCCGCCUAUCGAGCUCCCCUAUCGUGUUCCUGACCGUCCUGAUCCGACCGAUGCACCUCGGCUUAUCGCCGACGCUCGGACCAUACUGAAAGUCUUCGAAUCUCGAUGGCGUAUCUGGGCAGGUCCAGAAACUAUAAAUCGAAUGACUUCGUAUGCUCUUCAAGUGAACGAUGAGCAAUUUGCCAAAGAAUGCUGGGAUGAUUGGUGGCAUGAGAUGUCUCGUGUCACUGCAAGGGAAUCUCGAUGGGAAGGAGAUCAUCCCAGAUGGGACCAUCGAUCCAAGCAUAGCAAUUCUUGGAAGAGAAUGUGUCACGCAUUGGAGAAGCGAGGUUGGAUCCAAGCACUGCGAAGCAAGAAGAUUGACUUCAAGGAUCCAUCCAUUGGUUUGGAUCUAGAACUUCAUGACGAGGACGUGUUUCCCGAGUUUGGAGCACGCUUGGAUGACACCCCAUCGAUAUCAUCUCGUCCACCGCAGAUACACCCAGAUAUCCACCGAGGUGAGGACGUUGAUGGGACAGUGUGGAUCGGGUUUGCAGACUGCAAACCUAGAUAUAGAUGGACAGGGACGCAGACAGGUGCUCAUGAUGUGGCGGCGCAAGAGAUGAGUGGCAUGAGUCCGGAUAACUCGAACGUGGUGGACCUUGAGCAAGCACCUUUGUACAUUGAUCCAAACACAGAGCUCUCUGCUCUUGUUGUACAGUAG